UUUUUUGUUUUUUUUUUUUGGUUUUUGUUUUUGUUUUUUUUGUUGUUUUUUUUUUUUUUUAUUUAGUAGGUUGAAUAACUUUCUAAUGAUUUAGCAUUCUACUAUCCAUAAAAUAAAGUGAUUAUUUAGUAAUCAAAUAAAAGUUAUAUGAUGAAUCAAUACAUUUCUUCACUUUACUGUAAACAAAAACUGUUUCUGUGUAUUGGAAUCUGUCUAGUAUUAGUGCAUUAAAUAAAUAACUUAAUAAGUCAAAAAAUAUACUCUUGUUGUAGUCAUGACAUUUGCAAAAUCUGUGAGAAUGGAAAAAAAUGUGUUGGGGUCGGCAGCAAAUUUUAGGGUAGCUCGGGAAAGUGGAACCUAACAUAUAUUUUUUGUGUGGCGUAAUGACCCACAUAACCUUACCCUAGAGCCUGAAGUAGACGUCAUAAAGUUCAUAAUGUUGGUACAUGUUCAGGGGUUAAGAAGAUUUUCAAAGAAUUAUUGCAUUUUGACUAUACAGUCCAUGGUCCCUAACUCAGAUGUAAUAAAUUUCACAAUUUAGGAAGAUACUUUUGUACUCAUAACGAUUGUAUGCACAGUUCUUCUGCUAGAUGACCCUGGAUCUCGGAGAUUUCAUAAUUUUUUACGGGUUUGACUCCGCCCUAUCACCAAAUCUCCUGACCCAAAGGACCAUGGAUUUCAUGUUUUUAGUAAUAAUAAUAAUACCAUAUUUAUAUAGCACCCUUUUCAUACACUAUGUACGCUCAAGGGUGCUUUACAAUGCAUAUAUACCUUACAACAGAAUGUUAUACACAUAAUACAUAGAAAAUAAAUAAAACAUUAGAAAGCGAUGAUAUAAAAGGUGUUAUCACAUGUAGUCCGUAGCUGUACCUAUCCUGAUUGUAGAAGCUUCUCUCUUGAUUAAUUAUCUGCAGUGGGUUUGUUUGAUGCCAAGAAUAAAACAUUUUCACAGUAUAAAUUAUAAAGUCCUGCCGCAGCACCACAACCUCUGACCGGAAGUCCUGCCGUAGCACCAGAACCUCUGACCGGAAGUCCUGCCAUAGCACCAGAACCCCUGACCGGAAGGCCGUGAAGUUCACAUUUUAGGAUGGACAUCCUUGCUUAUCAUAGCUAUAUAGGUUGUCUACAAGCUCUGAGCAAAUAUAAGAACAUUUUUACACAUUUUGACCCCACUCCUCAGGCCCCAGAGGAUCAGUGAUUUUGUUCCCUGUCCCCAUAGACGCUCUAUAACAAAGAUGGAAAAUGGUCAUUCACUUUCAAAGUUGAGCACGAGCGCCAUGCAGUCCGACUAAUAAAGCCCUUCUUACUAAUUCAUUUUGUUGUCUGACUGAUAACUUAGGUAACCUAAAGGCAUAGUCUUAAUUCAAUACAUAAGCAAUAAAAAUUCUUAAAUUCAUCGAUUCAAUUCAUUUUUACUUUUAAAAACUGUAAAUAAAUUUCAACCUGAAAUUCUACGUAUCCAGAGAAGAAUCAAAUAUCUCAAGUAAAUGCACUUCAGUGGAUCAAUGCUCUUAUUGAUGUCUUUUUAAAAGGAUGCUUUCAUUGAGUUCGUUUUUCCCACGGCGAAGCGAUCUUAAACUUUAACAAGUUUUUUUCUAUAUUUCACCAGGAGUAUUAGUGAACCGCGUCCACGAUAAUACAAAUACACGCAAAGCGAAGGGUGUUAGAAAUUCCCGAGAUGCACAUUCUUAAACAUAUUCAAUAUAUCUAUUCAUUAUAUGUCCAUAAUAUUAAACAUAUUCAAUAUAUCUAUUCAUUAUAUGUCCAUAAUAUUAAACAUAUUCAAUAUAUCUAUUCAUUAUAUGUCCAUAAUAUUAAACAUAUUCAAUAUAUCUAUUCAUUAUAUGUCCAUAAUAUUAAACAUAUUCAACAUAUAUAUUCAUUAUAUGUCCAUAUUAUUACCAGUUAAGAAACAUUUUAAUGAAGAAUAGCACCAUGCAUGUAUGUUGAAAAGACAUAUAUAACAAAAUAUGAAAAUAAAAAUGAAUGAAUAUAAAAGGGGGAAAUAUACACAUGAGAUGCAGUUCCUUUAAUGAUAUUUAAUCCCAUUUCAGGAAUGCAGUACACACUGCCCACUUUGCACCUUUGAAUGGUCUUUUUAAAAUAUUUUUUAUUCCCAAUUACAUUUUUUUUUUACUUAUUUUGUUUCCAGUAAUUCAUUAUUUUGAUAUUCAGAAGAAUAAGUCCAUUCACAGAUAUGAAAUGCAAUGCGUGUGAUGAGAAAUAAACUGAAAAAUUUAGAUUUGUGUGCGAUUUACUAAUAGUAACUAAUUUCACCCCUCUUGGGCCUCAAGCUAUUUUACAAAAUCUGGUGACGCAUGUGCUGAAGUCAUUGCUUAUCAUGGAGGCGAAUUUGACAGCGAAGGACUGUUGUGUUUGAAAUGACGACGAUUAUCGUUGCUUUUGUGUGGAAUUGAAUGGUUUCAAUAUGUAUUCCCUUGCGGCAAAAUCAUUCAUGAAUUGAUUUAUGUAAGUUUUUGAACGGUUCACAUCAAAUGUAAGCUGAAAUAAAUUCAAACCGAAGCGCGACGAAUUUCCCACAUACUUUAUGAAGGCUUGGACAGAAACGAGGGGGAUAGAAAGACCGAAUAUAAAUAACCCCCUCGUUUCCACAGAAACUAUCACUGGAUAAGUCACAAAACUGUUUGUCGCGCGCGUCUAAAUUUGAAGCGAUAAGUUUGGAGAAAUAUAAUUCAUCAACACGUUCAAUAUCUUCUAAGAAUUCAUGAUCUUGAUAAAGAGCAAUUUCUGGUGGUAUACUUAUCGAUGUUGCUGUGGAAGUUUGGCUCAUUUCGUGACAUUUCCCAAGCACUUUCACUUUGACCGGAAAUGUAAACACGUCUGCUUUCACUUUCAAAUUAGAUCGACAAAUGAAGUCGUAACAAUUUGAAUAUUGCAAGCAAUUAAAGAUAGGAAAUAAUAUUUGUGCCUUUUUGUAAUACAUACAUCAAAUGCAAGGCAAAGAGGAAAAAAUAUAACAAUUUUCCUCGCGUUUUUUUUUUUAUUGUGACGCAAACAUCUAGAGAUUUCUAUCGCCGAUUUCUCAUUAUGACGUGCUGUUGCAUCUGGACCCCUUUUCGCAGUCGCAGUCACAUAUAUGUUUCAAUGUCUACCUAUUACUGGAAUGUAUAUUUAUCUUGUAAAGGCAAUUUUGUCAUGAUUGAGUCCAUUUAAGGCCGAGUAUAGAUCUACCUUAAGAUUUGUAAAUGUUCCAUCGCUUGCUUCUAUUGUUUGGAACUAUUGAUGAACGACAAUUACGAAUAAUGUUAUCAUUUAGAACAGUUUAAAUGACACCCAUAAUUGAACGCUAUUUAAUAAAUUUAUCACUUGCGUGCAUCUUCACAAGUCAAGGGUUAUUGAUUCGUUACUUCGCACUGUUAGUGCGAGGUAACGAAUCAAUAACCCCUGACUUGUGAAGAUGCCUUGCGUGUAGCAUUGAAAAACUAAAUCUUUGCUUACAAAUGCUCUAUAUAGUGAACAUUUACAAAGUUCCCACGGUAUGCGAGUAAAUUACCUCCAGAGAAGAAAAACUUAAGAGUGUCCCAGAUUACAAUAACAGAAUGCAGAAUGAGCUGUCCGACUCAGCUAUAUGCCGGUGUUUAAAUCUGUCAUUGCUGAACAUUCAGAAAUUUGAUUCAACUAUAAAUAUUAAUAAAAAUUUACUCUUAAAACAUUAUAUAUACACAAAUUCUCUACUUUUUAGCUCACCUGAGCUGAAAGCUCAAGUGGGCUUUUCUGAUCGCCUGUUGUCCGUCCUUCUGUCUGUCUGUAAACUUUUCUUCUCCAGAACCACAGGGCGAAUUAUAACCAAACUUGGCCAAAAGCAUCCUUGGGUGAAGGGCUUUCAAGUUUGUUCAAAUGAAGGGUCAUGCCCCCUUCAAAGGGGAGAUACUCACAAAAAUAGGGUGGGGUCAUUUAAAAAUCUUCUCAAGAACCACUGACCCAGAAGAGCUGAAAAUUACAUGAAAGCUUCCUGACAUAGUGCAAAUUCAAGUUUGUUAAAAUCAUGGCCCCGGGGGUUGGUGGGGCCACAAUAAGGGAUCAAAGUUUUACAUACAAAUAUAUAUGGGAAAUCUUUAAAAACUACUGGGCCAGGAAAGUGGAAAUUUACAUGAAAGCUUUAUGACAUAGUGCAGAUUCAAGUUUGUCAAAAUCAUGACCCCCGGGAGUAAGAUGAGGCGACAAUAGGGGAUCAAAAUUUUACAUACAAAUAUAUCGGGAAAAUCUUGAAGAAUCUUCAUCUCAAGAACCGCUGAGCCAGAAAAACUGAAAUUUACAUGAAAGCUUUCUGACAUGGUGCAGAUUAAAGUUUGUGAAACUCAUGGCCCUUGGGGUUAGGAUGGGGCCACACAAGGGGAUCAAAGUUUUACAUACAUUGUUACUAAUAAAUAGAAAAAACUCUUUAAAAAUUUUCUCCUUAAGAACCAUUAGGCUAAAGAAGUUUACAUUUGCACAAAAGCUUCCUGACAUAGUGCAGAUUGAAGUUUGUAAAAAUCAUGGUCCCCGGGGUAAGAUGGGGCCACAGUAGGGGAUAAAAUUUUUACAUACAUGUACAAAUAUAUAGGGAAAAUCAUUAAAAAUCUUUAAAAUCACUGGCCAGGGAAGUUUACAUUUACAUGAAAGCUUCAUGACAUAGUGCGGAUUCAAUUUGUAAAAUCAUGGCCCCCGGGAGUAGGUUUGGGCCACAACAGGGAUCAAAGUUGUACAUGCGAAAAGGAAAAAAAUCUUUAAAUAUGAGCCAAGGUGACUCAGGUGAGCGAUGUGGCCCAUGGGCCUCUUGUUUGUUUGUUUUUUAUCUCGUACUCUAAUAAAUUUAUCGAGAAAUGCGAGGAAAGGGGAUUACUGUAAAAUUUCCAUAUACAUGUACAUAUUCGCGCGAUUUAGAGCAAAAAUCUAUUUUCUGUAAGUCAAAGAGGGUGUUGCGACGAAGCGGGAAUUUCACUCGUGACGUAGAACUGACCUUCAUCAGGUACUAAGGGCAAGCCUAAUACAUUUUAUGUGUCAAUACAUUAUACAUUUAGUAUCACAUAAAUAGUUUUAAAAUCGUGAAAAUUAGAUUGUGGUUUUUUCUCCUCUUCUAAGUAUCAGAAACAAUGUAUACGGUUACAUGUUACGAGUGUAUCAAAUAUUUGAUAUUCUAUACUACUACAGUCUAACACAACUUUUCCCCGCAAUUACGUCACAGUUGCUGAGCGCAGACAUUAUCGGUCACGUGACGCAUCCGCCAUUACAACCGUGAAACCGUGAGCGUCCUUAGAAAUGUACACAGGUGGAGGUGGAGAAUCGUGUGCGGUUUUUAACUGCACUAAUAACAGAAAGAAACUGUAUUUAUGGAAGCAGUCUAUAUGCCAAGAACAUGGUGAUAUUCCUCACAAAGACUGCCCCUGCGUCGUGCCAUACAGCCUGCACACGAUGCCGAAAAUAGAAGAAGAGAAACUGAAAUGGCAGCGGGCAUUACAUCGACACGAUUUGCCAAAGAAUGUGUUGGUGUGUUCAACGCAUUUUAUUGACGGGCGACCAACAGCACGAAACCCAACGCUCAGUCUGAAUUUAGGUUUGUUUACAACUUCGCCGUAUGAUAUAGUUUUAAAAUAGAAAGUACAGAAGACCAGGCCUGUCUACACAUUCACCCCGCUGCAUGUAGGCCUGUUAAUGUUAUGACCCACCACGUUUCAGUAUAAUUUUUUUUUUUUAGAGUUUGACAUAUACAUUGUAUCUCUUCAGUGUGUACACAUGCAUAAGAACUUGGUUAAUUAUGUUUUAAUAUGAAAGAAAUUUAACAGCAAUUAUGAAAGGUUAUGUGUAAUUUGAACUAUUUUCGAAAAAGCAAAAUUUGGAUCAUAACUCAAAGACUACCAAGAGCUUGACAGAUAGGGUUAUAUUCAAAAUUUGUCUUUGUUAUAGUAAGGCUGUAUACUAAGACCAUUGAGUUAGUAGGACAAUUUUAACUUGUUGUGUUUGUAUAAAUAUUAAAACAUCAUACAAAUAUUACAAUCAUCCUGAGUAAAAAUAACACAUCUGAAGGUUGGUAAUUCUAAUCAGGGCCAUACUGCAUAUAGUUGAGCAACUUGAGGGUAACAUUUUACCCUGAGAAAACCAUUGUCAAUCAGACUGUUGUCAAUUGAGGCACAUAUGAGAUCAAUCUAAUUAAAAUCAGUCUCAGAUCUUCUCUAACUGUUACACUGGAACGGUUAGAGAAGAGCUGAUUUUAAUUAGAUUGAUCUGAGAUUGACAAUGGGAUGACAUUUUCAAUCAACUACAUGUAUAAUAUCAUAUUUCAAUUUUUCAAAGCGCUCAAAUGGCAUCUUCUACAAAUCUACAGUGAACCGUACACACUCAAAUUUGACGCAUGUUAUAAUUUUUACAAUAUCACAUGUCAAGUAAUGUUUCCUGUUGCAAGAUAAAUAUUACCCUGGAUCACAUGCUUUUUACUCUCAAGGUGAAACAUGUUUUGUCAAUUGUUUCUUGGCCAAUCAGAUUAAGUAUUUUACAUUAGGUCAAUUAAAAUUAUCCCCACCAGCCCCUCAAAAAAGGGUCCACCUCGAUUUUUUUUUCAAAAAAAUAAAAUCCUCCAACCCAUCCCAUAUUUUUUGUGACCCCCAGAUGAUAAUCUACUAAUUCAGUUGAAUUGGCCUUAAUUAAAGUGUAACAAAGAAGUAUGUAUUCCAAGUCUGUUACUUUUUUUAUUAAAAAAAAUUAUCAUGAAUGUAAUUCUAUUAUAGCUGUAGUUACUAUAUCUGUGUAAACUUUUAUAUAUUUAUAUUUUAAGAAUGCAUUGUAGGUUAUAAAGCUCCCGUCAAAGUUGGCCGUCGACUUCUGAAGAGAAAGUUUGUUGCACAGUAAUUAGAGAUGGUGGGAACAGAUGGGAGUGAACAUGAAAAGCAACAAAAGGUGGUUGCUGCUGCAGAUGAUGUUGAAACUCUCAACAUUAUUCAAACUGAACCACGAUGACAUCUUUUUCAACGUAGACGAGCAUAACAGAAAGCAGAUCUGCAGGCACACAGUGGAUAGAUCCCACACUACAUGAGCAUGAAUAUGCUAGGCCGUGCAUUUCAGGAGCCAGGGAUACAGGAACACAGACGAGACCCAGGACAAAGGAGUAAACUGUAGCACUCUGCAUAUACGCCUCACCACUGCUGACAUAUCAUCUGACUCCUUAGCUUUGUUAUACACAGGACUGCCUUUAAACACUUUCAGAACAUUUGUCAGUGUAAUGCAAAAUAUGGACGACCCAUUGAAGUUUACCAUGCCAGUUUCAGAACAAGUUUUGUUGGUGCUAAUGAAAUUAAGGCUUAAUCUACUGUUUGCAGAUCUUGCCAAUAGAUUUGGAAUAUCCGAGUCUUAUGCGUGCACCAUUUUCAAUCAAAGACUCUCUUUUAUGGCUUCAAAACUGAAAAACUUAAUUGUUUGGCUUCCACGUGAAACAAUUAGAGCCACCAUGCCAAAAUCUUUUCGUGAGAACUAUCCAAAAACCACAGUCAUAAUUGAUUGCGCUGAAACUUUCAUCCAACGAGCAAAAAACUUGAAGACAAGAGGAGAAACAUACAGCCACUACAAGUCCAACAACACAGGAAAGUAUUUGGUUGGUAUUGCACCACAUGGACAGAUUAUGUUUAUAUCUAAAGGCUUUGGAGGAAGAUCUAGUGAUAAAGCAAUUGUGGAAGAGUCUGGCAUUUUAAAUUACCUUCUUCCUGGGGAUGAAAUUAUGGCGGAUCGAGGUUUUACCAUUGAUGACUUACUCUUUCCCUUGAAAGUGAAACUUAAUAUUCCAGCUUUUACGAAAGGUAAAGACCAACUUUCAGAAGAGGAUGUAACAGAGACAAGACGAAUUGCCACUGUACGGAUUCAUGUGGAACGGGCUAUUAGACGUUUAAAAGUGUUCCGCAUACUUAGUCAGGUAGUUCUUGUUACCUCUGUUAAGAAACUCAGUGACUACUUGAUUGUUUGUGCUGCAUUGGUUAAUCUGAGAUCUGACCUUAUCAAAGAUAAAGAUGAUAACUGAUGGUUAUGCUAAAAUUUUAAACUCUAGUCAGCUUCACUAAUGUUAAUGAUGCAUGCAUUAACAUAUUGUAAUAUGAUAUUAUGUAAUAAUUCCAAUGUUAUAAGUUUGAUUGGACAAAAAUAAAGCUGAACGAUAGUUUACA